AUGUCAACUUCCUAUGUCCAACCCGUGUCCACACCCACCAUCAUUGUCAACGGCAAACCAUGGACCGUCGGCUCCCACUAUGGCACCAUCUCCUGGAACUCCGAGAGCGUACACACAACAACCAUGGGCUUGAGCUCGACGGGCAAGGGCAUCCUCAUCGGCAUGCUGUCCGCCUUUGGCUCGGCCGCUUUCGUCGCCAUCAUCCUGGCCUGCAUCUACUUCUUCCGCUACACCAAUCGUGGUCGCAUCUUCCUGGACAGCAUUGGCAGACCUGGAGAAUAUGAUGAUGAGCAAGCCUUCUUACGAGAAGAGGAGGAUGCUCUGGCCGACAUGGACGACCUGCAGCGUGCCGAGUACCUCCGCGCAAAGGCUUUCGUCACAGCCAACCCUCCCGAGUCGAUCCAGACGGACAUUUCACUUUCGCAGUUCCUCGCAAUACAAGAGAAGGGUGUACAAGCAUGGGAGUUUGAGCCAGAGCUCGAAAUUGCAAACUGCUUUGUCGAGGGCCGUACCGAGAUUGAGUUCUUUGAUGCCGAGUGCAGCGUCCAGAGCAACCUUCCCGUGCCCAAACAAAACGAGGUCUAUUACUGGGAAGCAAAGAUCUUCGACAAACCCGACAGCACCAUGAUCAGCAUUGGCAUGACCACAAAACCCUACCCUCUGUUCCGUCUCCCUGGCAUGCACAAAUACUCGAUCGCCUAUACCUCUUCCGGCCAACGGAGGUACAACCAGCCCUUCUCCGGCACAAACUACGCACCGUCGUACGAACAAGGAGAUGUUGUCGGAGUCGGCUACAGACCUCGCACAGGAACCGUCUUCUUCACUCGCAACGGCAAGAAGCUAGAAGAUGUUGCCCAUGGUCUCAAGUCGCAAAACCUCUUCCCCACUGUCGGAGCAAACGGACCUUGCAACAUCCAAGUCAACUUCGGCCAAAUGGGCUUUGUCUUUAUCGAAGCAAAUGUCAAGAAAUGGGGCCUUGCUCCUAUGACUGGCAGUCUUGCUCCACCACCUCCAUAUGGCAGCGAACAAGGCAGCAUCCUCCUGGAAGGCGGCAGAGAAGGUGUUCGCGAAGGCCAAGCAUAUAUCCACGGCCGCACACACAGUGCUACUGUCCGCCUCGGAAGGCCAGCGACCAGCCCAGGACCCCGACGAUCGCCCACUGAGAUUUCACUUGCACAACUCAGUCUCACCGAGUCACGGGAAGAUAUAGGAGAAGGCACAAGCUAUAAUGCAGCUGGUCACGUUUCAGAAGACGAAGACCUGACCAUGCCACCACACGCAGAUGCUCCACCACCCGAAUAUGAGAGCCCUGACGAGGACAAUCAAUUCUCUACACCGCGGGCGAGCAUGCAUUCGGAACGCUCACACUUGUUACCGCAUGACCCGCCAAUUCCUUCUUACGAAGCCGCUGUUGGAGACGUGCGAGCAAGCGAGUCUCGAAACCACAAUGACGAUUAG